UUACGAUCUCUUUUGUGUGGUUUUCCUAGAAACAGCACCUAGCUUUCCAACAAAGAAAUAGGAUCAUUCCGUUUGACCUUCAGCUCUUUAUAAAAGCCAUGAUCAGCAGACCGCUUCUCAGUGCGCUUCAAUUCUCUGUCGUCCGUAGUCAACUAGCAGCAGCCGUCCAGUGUGCCAGUUAGCCUUAAACCAUGUGUGGUAUUCUUUGCAUUUUCACUCACCAACGUGUCGGUACGAACGCUGAACACCCUCAGCAGCAAGCGUGCUGCAAUGGAACUUGCACAAACUUUAGCGAUCGUUUUACCAGCUCCAGUGAAUCGUUGCGUGAGCUAGCUUUCCGCCAGUCGAGCAAACAGCGUCACCGUGGUCCCGAUCAGACGGGACUGGUCGUGAACGACCCGGAAGGUUUUGUGCUGGUCCAGGAACGAUUAUCCGUCAUUGGAGUGAAAACUGGACGGCAACCUUUUACCUCCACCGAUGGCACUACGCAUCUGGUGGCGAAUGGAGAGAUCUACAACUUUGCCCACAUGGUGUCCUUAAUCCACGAUGCGAACGGCCAUGAACGCUACAAGCCGCGCAGUGACUGUGACGUUCUGGUUGCGUUCUACGAACUGUUUGGUCCCGAUAGAUUGCUACAAACCGUUCGGGGGAUGUUUGCCUUUGUGCUGUACGACUGUAACACUCACCGACUGCUGGUAGCACGUGAUCCUGUUGGAAUUGUUCCACUCUACUACGGAUGGGAUCAAGCGGGAAGUCUGUGGAUUGCCAGUGAGCUGAAGUGUCUUGUGGAGUGCUGUCGGGAAGUGGUAGUGUUUCCUCCAGGGCAUGCGUACUACGGAACGAGGGACAGUGUCGUCCCAACACCUUACUUCAAUGCCCAUUGGAUGACGGAAAUUCCUUCCGGUGGAGUAGAUCUGGAAGAGCUGAAACACAAACUAGAGGCAGCCGUUGAGUCCCAUCUGCAGUGUGAAGUUCCGCUUGGUGCGUUACUUAGUGGUGGACUCGACUCCAGCUUAAUUGCCUCUAUCGCUACAAGAAUUUUGAGAAGAAAUACAUCGAAUCCAAACUAUCGGUUAAAGACGUACAGUAUUGGUCUUGAUGGUGGUGGUCCAGACUUACAGUACGCACGCACGGUAGCCAACUACAUCGGCAGUGAUCACACCGAGAUUCAUUUUACCAUUUCGGAGGGUUUGGACUUCAUCCGGGAUGCCGUGUACCAUGCGGAGACAUACGACGUCACAACAAUCCGCUGCAUCGUACCGGUAAUGCUGUUGGCAAGAGCGAUCCGCAGUGAAGGUAUCCGGGUAGUGCUAUCGGGUGAAGGUGCAGACGAACUGUUCGGAGGCUAUCUUUAUUUCCACCUUGCUCCAAAUGUUACCGAAUUUCAUCGCGAAACGGUGUGUCGUGUGCUAGGACUCCAUUUAUCGGACUGUCUGCGAGCGAACAAGGGCUGUGCGGCUUGGGGACUGGAAUUGCGGGUACCUUUCCUUGAUACCGAUUUUUUGCAGUAUGUUAUGUCUAUUCGUCCCCAGGAUAGGGCUCCCGGUUCGGCCGAGCCUAAUGGUCACAGUGGACUGGAGAAACGUAUUCUCCGUCAAGCAUUUGCAAAAGGGAAUUAUGUACCGCGGGAAGUGCUCUGGCGACAGAAGGAACAGUUUUCCGACGGAGUAGGAUAUGCGUGGAUUGAUGCCGUUUCGCAAUGGGCGACGGAUCGUGUAAGCGAAAAGGAGUUUGAAAUGGCUGUCGAUCGGUUUCCGUUCAAUACACCGACCACCAAGGAAGCGUACUACUAUCGGAAGCUGUUUGAGCAACUGUUUCCGGGGUCAACCUUUGCCCGAACGGUACAGCGAUGGAUGCCACGAACCGAUUGGGGCUGUCCCGAAGAUCCAUCCGGAAGGAAGCAGACGGUUCAUCAGGAUCAACAGAAGAAAUAAUCGCAAAAGAAAAUAUAAAGUUAUGGAAUAUCUUUUACUA